ACGCCGGGCGCCGGCCGGGGGCCGCCGGGGGCCGAGCGAGCGCGGCCCCGCCCGGGGACCGCCUCUGGGCUCCCCACCGCCGGCUCGGCAGCGUGCGCCGGGGCCGCCGCUCCGCAGCGGAGCCACAGGCGGGCGGGCGGCAGCCGCCAUGGAGCGGACCCCCAUCCCCGUGCUCACCGUGCAGACGGCGCCCUACGAGGACCAGCGCCCCACCGGCGGAGGGGGCCUGCGGCGGCCUACGGCGCUCUUCGAGAGCCAGCGCAACUACCUGCCCAACUUCGUGCAGAGCCUCCUCUCCUCCGUCGACCUCCGCGACCGGCAGGGCUGCACCAUGGUGGUGGGCAGCGACGGCAGGUACUUCAGCAAGACGGCCAUCGAGAUCGUCGUUCAGAUGGCCGCGGCCAACGGGAUUGGCAGAUUGGUUAUUGGACAGAAUGGCAUCUUAUCCACACCUGCUGUUUCAUGUAUCAUCCGAAAGAUCAAAGCUGCUGGUGGAAUUAUCCUAACAGCUAGCCACAGUCCUGGGGGACCUGGAGGAGAAUUUGGAGUCAAAUUCGAAGUUGCCAAUGGAGGACCUGCUCCAGAUAUAGUUUCAGAAAAAAUCUAUCAAAUCAGCAAAACCUUGGAGGAAUAUGCAAUUUGUCCUGAUCUCAGAGUUGAUUUAUCACGCCUAGGAAGACAAGAAUUUGAUCUGGAGAACAAAUUCAAACCUUUCCGAGUGGAAAUUGUGGAUUCCGUGGAAAUCUACCUCAAUCUCCUUCGAAGUAUUUUUGACUUCAAUGCCAUCAGAAAUUUGCUGACUGGACCCAAUCAGAUUAAAAUAAGGAUUGAUGCCAUGAAUGGAGUUAUGGGACCGUAUGUGAGAAGAAUCUUGUGUGAUGAAUUGGGAGCUCCUGCAAAUUCUGCCAUCAACUGUGUUCCUCUGGAGGAUUUUGGUGGACAGCCUCCUGAUCCAAAUUUAACAUAUGCAACUGCCUUGCUGGAGGCUAUGAAAGGUGGCGAGUAUGGAUUUGGAGCUGCUUUUGAUGCUGAUGGAGACCGCUACAUGAUCCUUGGCCAAAACGGUUUCUUUGUUAAUGCAUCAGAUUCAUUGGCUAUAAUUGCUGCCAAUCUGUCUUGCAUUCCAUACUUUUGUCAGAUGGGUGUCCGAGGAUUUGGCAGAAGCAUGCCUACCAGCACAGCUCUGGACAAAGUGGCAAAAGUAAUGAAGGUUCCUGUGUAUGAGACACCAGCAGGAUGGAGGUAUUUUUCCAAUCUCAUGGACUCUGGACGUUGUUCCCUUUGUGGUGAGGAGAGUUUUGGCACUGGGUCUGACCACCUUCGAGAGAAAGAUGGACUGUGGGCUGUGCUAGUUUGGCUUUCAAUCCUAGCAGCUCGAAAGCAGAGUGUGGAGGAGAUUGUCAGGGAUCACUGGGCAAAAUUUGGCCGGCACUACUACUGCAGGUUUGAUUACGAAGCACUGGAACCCAGAACAGCGUAUUUCAUAAUGAGAGACCUGGAAGCUUUGAUCACUGACAAAUCAUUCAGCCAUCAGCAGUUUGCUGUGGGUAACAAUAUCUACAGUGUGGAAAGAACAGACAGCUUUGAGUACAUAGAUCCUGUGGAUGGCACUGUGACCAAAAGACAGGGGCUGCGAAUUAUUUUUUCAGAUGCUUCCAGACUCAUCUUCAGAAUGAGUGCUUCUAGUCAUGUGAGAGCUACUCUGCGGAUUUAUGCAGAGAGUUAUGAAAAGGAUCCUAGCCAGCACAAUAAGGAACCACAGGCUGUGCUGAGUCCUCUAAUUGCAAUUGCACUGAAAAUAUCUCAGAUUCAUGAGAGGACAGGACGAAAGGGACCCACUGUCAUCACUUGAAGCCACAGAAGAUUGUUAAGCCAGGGCCAAAAGAGGAACAGCAAGGAAGAGACAGAACCUUGUUAAAACUUGUUAGCCAUUUGUGCCUUGUAUGAUUUUAAAAGUUAGGUGGGAAGAAAAAUUCAAUAUAACAUUAAGCAUAAUCAUUUGCAUUGAUCUCCAAAUGCAAUAGCGUAUUGACUUGUUUUACCUGCAGUAUCAUAAUUUCUGAUAACAGUAUAACCAAAGAAAGAGGCCUUAACAUUCAAACGUUGUCAGUAAUGUAGCCAAAAAUGACAACUUCUUGGUUUUGAAUGCUAUGAUAAAAGUUGGAGAAAUUUCAGUAAGUGGGAGAGAGGGAGCAGUUGCAAAGCAAAGACAUGCUUGGUGAGUAUUGUUUGGGAUUAUUGUCGUGUUCUGGUAGGUUUCUGAAGAGGUGUACAGAGCAUGUCUGAGUCAUAGGGCCAUGUGCUAAGCUUUGCACGGGGUGUAUUUCCUCCCCUGGCUCCAUGCCUCCUCUCAGGCCUCUCCUGUUGCUCACAGAUGCACACUGACAGCAGUGUUGUAUACACACUUACACUUGUGCCCAAGGAUGGGGUUAUUCCAUACUUUUUUAACCCUGCUUUUAAAAUGUAUCAAUGUGACUUGUGCCUUUAGAUUUUCCUUAUUUUUUGACUCUUUGGUUGUUUUCCUCCAAAAGGAGGCCUUUGUUCUAUAAAGCUGAUUUUGUCCUUCCAGCAAUAUGUCGGGUAUGGAAUCUGAUUGUCUUUCAUAAUAUUCCUCAUGUCAGGAGAUGAUACUGGUGCUUACUGUGUUUGAAAGAUAAUCUCUGCAAGUUCAGUAAUUGUUUAAGGAGUUACAGAAGUUUUUUUAAGUCUUUGGAAUACUCUUGCUCCACUUACCACAAAGCAAGUGAGUGAGAGGGAAUUAAACCCUAAUCAAUUGAGUAGAAAUACUAGUCUGACUCACCCUCUGGACAUGGUUUCUAUUAGAUUCUUGGUAACAGUGGAUCAUGCAAUAAAAAUUUGGGGAGUGCAAGAGAUGUUCCCGGCAUAGAUCUGAGAAGGCUGUUGGGGAUAUGGACAUCAGCAUUUUUCUGCCUGUGAAGUGAUACAGCAGUUCUAGCUACAAUACUGUGCUCUGAAAAAGAACACAAACACUUUAUGCAUGUGAUUGCCUGAAAGCUUUGCUUCCUUGGAAAUGGUAUGAUCACUCGUAUCAUUCAUCAAGGUGGCUUUGUGCAGCUUGCCUCUUUGCAGUGUAUUUCAAUUCAUUGUGGUUGUCAAAUUUUAGUACAAUUUAUAUAAUAUUGCAGCAAAGGAAAUUGUUUAAAUUUCUUUGAACAAUUCUGUCAGAAAAUGGCUAUAGCACUUAGUAUACAAUAAAGAGUAAUGCUGUAUAUUUGUCUUAAUACAUAAUUGUGGAUGAGACACCCUGCACUUUCAAGCAUACUAAUAAAGUUGCCUUUAUUACAAUUACAUUAUUACUUAGUUGGCUCUAAACAAAUCAGGUAUGUUCUCACUUGGUGUCCUACCUUACCAUUAAAUGUUCCCACAAACCAAAAGAGAUUUUCAAACUUCAGUUUUUUUUACAGAGAUUUUUCUUUUGUAUGAUCAAGACAUUCUCACACAGUUUGGACAUCUGCUUUAUAAUGUAAGAGCACUCAUCUUCACAGAAACCUUGUAUAUAUAAUAUUUUGUAUUUAUUUAUAUAUAUAAAUGUAGACAUAUAUAUUUAUAUAUAUCUUUAUAUUCAGCUUCUCUAGGUGCAGGAUAAUAAGCUCCUAACUAGUAGAUCACACAUAGUCAAGCAUAGACACAUUCUGGAUUAUGACAGUUCAAAUUAUUGGGUUGUGGGAGGGAACAUUCUGAAAGUCAGUCCACUAAAAUUUCUAAAAUCUCUUGCACAUUCUUGGACAAUGAAAUUAUUUUUGAUCACAUGUGAACUAGCUGUUUAUACUAUGGAGUAUCCCAUUUAUCAAGCUUUUCUGAAAUGAGAAUAUAGUUUGAAAAGUAAAAUAUACUGAUGCCAGGUGUCUUUGGAUGCAGUGGGAAGACUCAAGAACAGAUGAAGACUGAAGAAAGAUACUUGUGCUUUUAUCAGAAAGCUGUCACUAGAGCUGCCAUAGAUGGCAGUCUACUUUCAUGAAGGAAGUCAUCAUAAACAAAGGGCAUGUUUUAAAAUCUCUGUAUUGACUUUGUCCUGGGCUGGAGAAACAUUAGUUGUGCUCAUGUACAGGAAUGGAGAAAAAGGCUGUUUGAGAAAAGGGUUGUUUGAGUCUGGUUUUGAAUAGCUGUCAAACAGCAGACUUGCAGAAGUAGCCUAACCUGAAAUCAUCAUCCCUUUUUUUAUGGUGAUGGGUGAUAAUAAGGAAAUGUUGCUGGUAUUUUCCACCAGUUAACUGCUUUUCUCUGCAAGAAGUUGAAUACAACUUUAUAAGGCUCAAGCACAGCUCUUUAAGUCUGAUGUGUGUGGGAGAGAACUGUAGCCACAGUCUCAUGGAAUGUGCAUUUCCUGAGGUCUUUUAAUUAUUAAUGUGAUAGAUAAAUGUGUGGAAAAAAGCAAGUUGUAUGAACUUACAAAAAGAAGCAGAGCUCCUAAAACCAGACCAUACAUUUAGUAGGGGGAAAACUAUUAUUAAUACUGUUCAUCUUAUCACAGUGUCUAGGCACUGUGACAGACACCCUUUUGUGCUAUUGUUUAAUGAGCAGCUUCCUCAAGUCUGGAAGUUGCAAGAUUCCUGUAUUAUUCAGCUGUGAUUGCACUAACAUUAAUUUGGAUCAUUCUGUUUCCUAAACCCUCAUAUUUUCCCUGUGUUCAGAGACAAUUUGGAAGGGGAUAUACUACUCACCUGAACCCGAGAUCACAGAAUCCUUGAGGUUGGAAGGGGCCAUCUAGUUCAUCAGGAUUAAAAUCACCAUGCUAUGUGAGCUGUGUCCCAGCUCACAGCAGAAUCAGGUAGAGGAGGCUGCCUAGGACCAUAUGUAGUUGGUUUUAAUUAUCUCCAAGGGCUGAGAUGCCAGAACUUCUUUGGGCAAUCUGUACAAGUGAUUAACUGCUCCCAUGGUAAAAAAAAAAAAAAAAAAAAAAAAAAAAGGCCAAAACCAAAAACUGAAUAGCAAAACCUUAUGGAGUGUUCAGAUGGAAUUUCAUGUCAUCCAGUUUGUGCCCAUUGCCUCUUGUCCUGUCACUGAGAAGAGCCUAGGUCCAUACACUUCUUUUUCUCCCACCAAGUGUUUCUAGAAAUCAGUUCUAGAAAUCAGUAAGGUCCUUCAAGAGCCUUCUCUUCUCCAGACUAAACACUCCCAGCUCUCUCAUAGAUUCAUCGAAUGACAAAUUUUCCAAUUCCUUUAUGGUCCUUUGCUGGAGGUGAGCUGGAAUGUCCAUGACUGUUUUGUGCUUGGGAAACUCAGACCUGGACCCAGCACUCCAGAUGUACCUUAACUCUACCAGUGCUGAGCAGAGGGAAAGGAUCACCUUCUUCCAGUUGCUGCUGCUGUUUUUCCUGGUGCAACUCAGUAUGUAAGUUGCUGUCUUUGCUGUGCAGGUGAGUUGCUGAUGAGUUGACAACUUUUUGUUAAGCACGUGACCCCCGGAUCCUUCUCUGUGUAGUGUUUUCCAGCCCACUGGCUGCAGCAUGUGUUACUGUCUGGGUUUGUUCGUCCACAGGGGCAGGACUUCCCUUUGUUGAUCUUCAGUAUUGUAGAAGGUUGUCAAGUUGGUUAAGCACAAUUUACCUUUCAUAAAUCCUUCCUGAUCCUUAUUACUUUCUUGUCCUUGGCUUUGGCAAGGGUUUCCAGCACUGGCUAUUCCAUCACCUCUCCAGGAACUAAAGUGAAGCUGACCAGCCUAUAACACCCCGGAUCCUCCUUUCAGGGACAGGAGUGAUAUUUGCUCUCUUACUUCAGGGACCACUUCCGGUCACGCACAAUCUUUCAAAGGCAGUAGAGGGUAGCUUGCAGUAGCAUGACUCAGCUUCUUCAGCUCUGUGCAUGCCAUCCUAAGUCAUUCCAUGGAUGUGUGUAUGUCCUGUUUUUUCAAGUACUUGCUGACCUUUUCUUGCUCCAUCCAAUGUAAGUCUUCCUCACUCCACAUUUUUCCUCUAGGCAUUGAGCACCUCAGCCUUUUCUAUGUCCUCUUUAAACUCACGUAGCUGUAGAAACUUUACCAAUACCCUUCACAUUUCCCAUCUGUCCUAGUUUCAGCCCAUACAGAGUUAUUUUUGCAUUUGCUGGGAUGGAGGUAUGGGAAGGUCAAGGAGGCUGGAGCCAUAUGGAUGUGUACAGGUGAUUUAUUCUAUACUAGUCAUGUCAUCGCUGUAGGGUGUGGUUUUGGGUGAAAGAAAAGGCAGAGUGGAAGAGCAGACAUUUUUAUUCCCUCUUUACCCAUGAAAGCACAGUGCCAAACAGAGUGGUGCAGUUGAUGUGGUCUGGGUGAAGCCAUGCAGACUGGCUUGGGAGAUUUGUCCACCGUUGUUUUCCAUUGUCUCAGAUGUGGGACAAAAACCCUCGCAUUGGCUGUGGUAAUGUCCACCUUUUUCUCCUUUGUCUUUGGAAAAUCCACAUGGCUACCAGGGAUGCGAUAACACCUGCCGUUUUUCUCCUUUGUCUCAGGAAAAGCCUCAUGUUGCUGGUCGUGGUAACAACAGGAUAGUUGGACUUCCAUAAGCAUUUUUGGCAUGUAAUCCAUGUUGUAAUAUUGUGUUAUUAUUAGUAUUGAUGCUGUUACUGUUUGUUUUCCUUAUCGUAUUAUUUUUCCAGUAAAUUGUUGUCUCAACCCAUAAUCUCUCUUUUCUUGUCCCUUUCUCACUGGAGGGCGUCAAGGGAAGGGAAGUGGCUGUUUGGAGCUUAAUUUCAAGCUGAUCUUAAACCAUAACAUCACCUCGUUCAACUCCAGGUGAGCUUUGGCUUUCCUCAUCUUAUCCCUGCAUGACUGUGCUCUACAUUCUUCCUAAUUCAGCUGUCCCCGCUUCCACUGACCAUACAUUUCCUGUUUAUAUCUGAGUUUAGUCAGGAGCUCUCUGGCCAUCCAUGUAGGCCUUCUGCUGCCUUUGUUUGAACUCUGCAUAUUAGGUUGAACAAUUCCUGAGCCUAAAGGAGGUGAUCUUUGAAAAUUAAACAUCUGUCCUGGACUCAUCUUUUCUCCAGGGCCAGAACCCAUGUGACUCUUUCAAGCAGCUGAAGAUGUUAAAGUCUGCUCUGCAAACUUCCAUUCCACUCUUUGCUAUUCUCCCUCCUCUCAAAUUUCUGAAUUCACGGUCUCAUGACGUCUUAUGAUCCCUGCAGCAAAAACCUUCACAUGCCCACACAUUUCUUCUGGUGUUAUGAGUGCCAAGAUUGGUUUCUCAGUCAUCAUUGUCAGGAAGUUGUUUGUCAAUGCACUGAAUCUGUUCUGCUCUGAAGCUUUAGUCUGACCAGUUCAUAUCCUUCAGAUCCUUCAUACCCUUCAUUUAUUUUAGUGUAAAAUUUCCAGCUGCUACUCCUGGCAAAGAUAAAUUCAUGCUAUUAAAUACAAACAAAGGCAAAGUGUUUAAAGCCUUUUGCUGCCUUAAGAUUGUUGACAUUUUUGAGCUCAUUGCCCAUGGCAUUUUGCAGUAAGUUCAUAAUCAUUAGCUGAAAAGAGAAACUUAAAACCAGAUUGUAUCAAAAUAUUAGGUAUUAAUGUGAAUGUUCUCCCUACCUCAGUAAGUUUUUUGUAUCAAAUACUUUAUUGCAUACUGCAGGUUGAGGAUGCGUUUAUCCUCAGUUUCACAUUUCUGGUUCCAUUAUGACCCCACAACAUUUGCAAAGGGCUGGCGCUAAAAAGGGGUGCUGCAGGACUCUUGUGGAAUUGGAAGAAAGGAAAGAACUUCCUGACUGUUAAUAAAUAUGUGUGGAAAUGCUCUGAAUGUGUUUCCUAUACCAAACCACUCCAAGAGCUAACAUCAGUGAUACUCCUGCAAUACUUGCUCUUAGUAUGACCCAGAACUGUAGUGCCAGCCAUUUUCCACUCUCUUGGUCUUGCUUUAGAGGACAAGGAUUUUGCUGUGGGAUAUCGCCUGGUUAAUCAGUCUUACCUGUUGUGAUUGAUGCCUGCACUAAUACUUGCACAAUGCUGGCUGUCUUCAGAAUCUGGGACUCUGGAGUAGAGAAGCAGGAAAUUUUAGAGGAUGGAUAUUGUAAUGCUAGGAGGUAAGGCCAUAACAAGGUCACUCAAGCAGACCCUCGCUUUAACUGUUUUGGAAAUAAUGUGUUUGGUUCCUCUGAUUUUUUUAUUGUUCUCUGUGGUGUGCUGCUUCUCAGUCGCUCUGAAAAGUAUUUCUAUCUUCUGUCUCUUUCAGGGACUCUUUUUUUCUCCCUCUGGGUACUUUUCUACAUUUCUCAUCCCCAGCUUGUCCUGGAAGGAUUUUUCUUCCUCUGUAGCUUGUCCACCCCUUUUAAUUCUUCUUUCCUUUCUGUUUAUAGCAACUGAGGCAACUGUGUGUUCUUCCCAUAAAGGAUGAAAUUCUUUGAAAGACCAAACUGAGGCAACUGUCAGUUCCCUGGCCUUAGCCUUGGCUACCACCAUGGUUUGCAUGUACAGCUGUAAUGCUUAACUUGUAGUCUUAAAAUAUGUGAACAUCUGGAAAGUGUGGUAGCUUUUCUGUCUCACUGGUCUGUAACAAAACCAGGAACAAGUUGCCCAGAGAGGUGAUUCAUGUCCCGUUCCUGGAAAAAUUCAAGGUCAGGUUGGACAGUGCUCUGACCAACCUGAUCUAAUUGGAGAUGUACCUGCUCAUUGCAAGGGCUUGGACUAAAUGAUCUUCUCCAAUCCAAACCUUCCAACCCAGAAAGAAAAAUUCCAUCCAAAGUAAAUAUUACAAGUUCAAAUCUGAGUGAACCCUCUUGAAAUUUUUCUUGCCAUCUGGAAUUACAGAUGACAGUGGCCUGGAUGCAAACUUGCCUCGGUGAUUUUGUGGGAGGAAGGAUACAUGUAACAGAAGAAGGAUGAGUCCAAGCCUGUCCUUUUCCUGGUGUUUGUUGUGUAAUUAUGAAGUCACUUGUGUCAGAAUAGAGUCCAUUUUUCAGUUCCCACAGUCUUGAGUAAGCUGUGACAGAAGCAACUGCUCUUGGCAUUGGCUCAGAGGAGUCAGAGAUGAUUUUUCCUCCUGCAAUUGAUGGUUCCCUCUGAGGAGAUGUAAGCAUAACCAGAGCUCUCUGUUUGGCAGCUAGGUGGUGUAUUUUAUUGUGCCCUUAUCCUGAAUCAUGGACACCUUGUGUCAUAUAAGCAAAUACAAGGCAUUUGUUUUAAAUACAAAAUUUAUUCAUGAAUUCACUAGUAAAAUAGCAGUUCUUUUUAUCCCCACAUAAAACAAACAACUUGAAAGGCGCACAAUACAAAAAUAAUCAGUUGCAACAAAUAAUCUGCAAAUUUCAAACAAAAGCUAAGUUAAUAGGUUUCCCAAGUCAGUUAAUAUCUCAAAAUGAAAAAUGAGAGUUUUCUU